AUGCACCCAAUCCUAUUGUGCCAGCAAGGGCCAACUGGCGGGCUGUCCGUGGUGGAAGUCAAGGUGGCAAGCGAGGAAGGUUCCUGGAAGCGGCCGCGGCGGAAGCUGGUGGCACGUGUGCUGCUGGGAGAUGGUGCCUAUGUGCAAGCUGAAGGGUGGGAUGGUGAUGCGAUCUCUGUCCCGUUGCCCUCUGCUGCUGAGGCUGACAGGCUGGUGGCUGCAGCAGUGGAGGAAGAGAAGGCACUCAUGGAAGCGGCUCCCAUACUGCCAGACGGGGCGAAGGAGGAUGGGGAGGACGGAGGAGGCGAGGCUCUGGCAGCAACGAACAUGGCAGCGGGUGACCUGCAGUGCCACGUGGUGCUCAAACAUGGGGGCCGGCUCGACUCGCUCUUCCACUACCCCUCAGGUCAGGAGCUGCUUGAGUCGCGUUUCGAGGAGGGUGGAUAUGAGGAGUAUUCAGAGAGCGAGUACCGGUCGCCAGGCUGCCAAGAGCAGUACCACGUGGUGUGUGAGCAGAGGGAUCACAGCACGGGCGGCAGUCAUCGCAUGAUAGUGCAGGGUGACAUCGGCAGUGGUCUCAUCAUGCGGCGCUGCUUCUCCCUCGGCCAGCCCAUCCCUGCCGCCUGGGCUGCUGCCACCACCACUGCUGCCGCUGAUGCCAAGUCCCUCACCCUCGGUCAGGAGCAACAAGAUCCAUCGACUGACAGACAAGAUGGGCCAAUGAUGGAUGGACCAGCAAUUAUGGAUGCACCGGCAUCAGUCGAUGCUGCCACGUCAGCGCUCCCAUCCACGCCCAAUCAGCUGCACGUGACGUCAGCGAUCAUCGCUGCUGCUAUUGGUGCAGGCUCAGGCGGCUUCUCACGCCGUUCACUCCUUCCCCUGCGCUUCUCCUCCUUCCCCUCCGCCGCUCCCCACAUGCUCUAUACCUCUGCUUCCACACUACCAACUCCCCCUCUCAACUCCCCUCGGCCUCCCUGCCUCGUUCCAUAUCCCAGCCUCGCCUGUCUGCGUGUGCGUUCCUCCUUCCAUGCCGUCCGCUCCUCCUCCACCACUCCCCACAUGCGCUUCACUUCCGCUUCUCACACUAUCUCCCCACCUUUUAGAGACGAGCAUCUUUUCCCCUCUUCCCUCCCCCCCCCCACUCCACUCCCAACUCCAGUCUCGCCUGUAUGA